GCCCGCACCCAAGAUGGCGGCAGCGGAACAGACGUUGCUUUGCGGGGCGGAAGCGGUGGCGGGGCCGGGGCCGUGCCGGCCAUGAAGCUGCUGAGAGCGGCUCUGGGGCUGGCGCUGCUGCCGCUCCUCCGGCCGGCGAGCGCCGUGGAGCCCAUCAGCUUAGGCUUGGCGAUCGCGGGCGCCGCCGCUUCGGCCAUUACCGGCAUCAUCUCCUACCCGCGCCUUUACUGCUACUUCAGGGAGUGUUGCCUUCAGCUGCACGACCGGCGAGCCGCCGCCGCUCUGCAGGAGAAUUUGGACAAGAAGCUGUUCGGGCAGCACCUGGUGAAGAAGGUGGUGGUGAAGGCCGUGAAGGGCUUCUUGAACAACAGCAACGCCAAAAAACCUCUCGCCCUUUCCUUGCACGGGUGGACAGGGACGGGGAAAAACUUCGUCAGUAAGAUAAUCGCCGAAAGCAUUUAUAAAAGAGGUCUGCAGAGUAAAUAUGUCCAUCAGUUCGUGGCCACUUUACAUUUCCCCCACGCUCAGGAAAUCAACACCUACAAGGACCAAUUGCAGUCGUGGAUUCGGGGGAAUGUGAGCAUCUGUCCCAGAUCACUUUUCAUAUUUGAUGAAAUGGAUAAAAUGCAUGCAGGGCUCAUUGAUGCCAUCAAACCAUUCCUGGAUUACUAUGAGCUUCUGGAUGGGGUGUCUUACAGACAAUCCAUCUUCAUCUUCCUCAGCAAUGCAGGAGCUGAAAAGAUAACAGAGGUGGCACUGGACUUCUGGAGAAAUGGGAGGACAAGGGAAGAUAUACAGCUCCCAGAUGUGCAAAAUGCACUGUCUGUGUCAGUCUUCAACAACAAAAACAGUGGCUUUUGGCACAGCACCUUGAUUGACAGAAAUCUCAUUGACUACUUUGUUCCCUUCCUGCCCCUGGAAUACAAACAUGUGAAAAUGUGUGUCAGGGUUGAGAUUGAGUCACGUGGCUAUACUGUGGAUGAGGACAUUUUAAGCAGAAUAGCUGAUGAAAUGACCUACUUUCCCAGAGAGGAGAGAAUUUAUUCAGAUAAAGGAUGUAAAACUGUGGACUCAAAGCUGGAUUACUACUAUGACUUCUAAUGCUUCAUUGCUACAACCUGCACAGAAGCCAAUUUAACUUAAUCACAAAGUGGAGAACCCGGGACAUUUCAUUUUUAAGCACUUUUUAAAGAACAGAACAGUAUUUUUUUUUUUAACUGGUGUGUAAAUAAGCAGCAGUGCCUCUGCAUUUUCAUUCUGUCAGUAAUCAUGGCUCCUGACCACUUCGUCCUUGUGUUGCCAAGGUAAGAACAAACUCUGCUCUGAAGGUGGGGGGUCUGUGACAGUACUGAAGACUCCUCUUGGAUCAGGUGUCAAUCCAGUUUGGUGGACUGUUGACACAUACAGAAGGACUGAGACUUUGACCUGAUUUUAACUGGAUUUUGGGUUGAUGUGGAUGAUCUCUAGAAAAUAGUGAGAAUUUUAAUCAAGUUCCUGUGUCUCUGAAAGUCUUCAUUGGGCUUGUGGGGUUGUUCCUCUCAUUACAAACAGGGUAAAUCUUUUCUCUUUGAAUAGCUUGGUUCCAGUAAAGAUAAGGGAAGGAAUCUGAUUUUAAAAAUCUGGAGUCUUUUGUCCCAACAUCGUGCAGUACCAUUGUCUUUCUCAAAACAGUGGUUUAAAUGAGCCUCCUGCAGGCAAAAGCAAGAAUGUGAAACUCUCUGGUGUGAGAGAGCAGACUUUAUAUUACAAGGAAAUGAGUUAAAAUCCUUGACUGCCCCAUCAAGGUGGUUGAUUCCUAUUUGGGGAGUUUUUUAGGUACUGCUCACAGUGUGCUCUGCCAGCUGUGAUCUCAGGAGGGAGGGCAGUGUGUAAGGAAACAUGUAUAGGUAAAAUCAUACACCAAGGAAAUGGGAAAAGGUUUUCUCCUGUUCACAUGUUGAAUUUAGGGGCCAGCUUUCAGGAUUUUUUUCCUUUUUCAUCUUCACAUAAUACUGCAUGCUUUGAUAUAGGGGUGAAGACAGAUCCAAAAACACUUG